AUGGGGAGAAACACUUGGCUUUUCCUUCUCGCGUCCGUCGCUUCAGCCCUCCCGACAGAUUGCGCGACAAAUGCUCCUGUAGUCGAUCUCGCCUACAGUCGGCACCAGGCAACUUACAACAACAUCACCAGACUCUUUACCUUUUCCAACAUCAAAUAUGCCGAAGCGCCGCGCUUUAAAGGGCCGGAAGAGGUCACCGUCAUUGACCGCCGCAUAAACAAUGGAUCCGUCGCCACAAUGUGUCCCGCUGCUGGUCCUGUAUGGUUUGGACUCUCAGCCCAAUACGGCGCCGGCUCUCUGUCACUCGAGGAGCUGCGCGCUGCGUACGCAGAGCUCCGCGAAAUGGACCCCGGGAACGUCUCAUCAGAUCCCGAGAAAUUUAUCACCAAUCCCGGGGCGACGACGACGGAAGACUGCCUCUUGCUUGACGUGACAGUUCCGAAGAGUAUCUGGCAAAGAACUCUAGGUGGCCAAGAAGGGGCCGGCGCUCCGGUAAUGGUCUGGAUUGUCGGGGGCGGAUAUACCGUUGGUCACAAGAACGACGCCGGAAACCCUGCAGGUCUCAUUAAAAGGUCUCAAGAGGACGGCUCGGACGGCGUGAUUCAUGUCAGCAUCAACUACCGUCUCGGCCUCUUCGGGUGGUCAUCCGGUCGUUCAUACCAGGAACAGGGCGGUGUCUCCAACAUUGGGCUUCGAGACCAGCGCGCAGCGCUCAAAUGGGUGCAGAAGCACAUUCACCUGUUUGGUGGGGAUCCUGAUCAAGUGACCAUCUAUGGCGAAUCGGCCGGCGGAGGUUCCGUCAUGCACCAGAUCACGGCAUACGGGGCGACGGGUGGUGCGCCUUUCAGACGAGCCAUUCCGCAGUCCCCUGGUUUCGAGCCACUUCCGAGCACCAGCCAGCAAGAUUCUCGGUUCGACAGUGUCCUACGAUGGGCUUCGUAUUUCAGCAGGACCAACAUCACCACCCUUGCCGAGCUGUUGGAAGUUCCAUUCGAUGUGCUGUGGAAGGUCAACGAGAUCACCAUCGCAACAGCCCACUGGGGCGACUUUGGAUGGGGCCCCGCAGUUGACGGUGACUUUGUCCCUGACCUGGCCGGAAGACUCCUUGACGAGGGCAAGUAUGACGCUUCCGUAGAAGUCUUCCACGGCGUCAAUUCGAAUGAGGGCUUCAUCUUCACCUCGCCUCUUAUAACCAAUGACGACGAAUACACUACGGAUCUGCUUGGGCCGUUGUUGCCCGAUGCCAGCGCUGGCACUCUUCACGAGAUCAAGACAAGGAUUUACCCAGAGAUAUACGACGGUAUUUAUCCCUGGACCUCGCAGUUCGGGCGCUCCGAAGCCACGCGCGGCGAUUCGUGGUUCAGCUGCAACAACAGGUACAUCAGUAGGGCCUUUACCGAAACUGUUCGGGGCUAUCUGUUCGAUAUCAGUGCCGGACACCAUGGGACCGACAUUGCCUAUACUUUUUUUAACGAAGGCGCGGAUGGAAUCGACCCUGUCGUGGCGACAAGACUCCAGCUCUACCUAACGUCUUUCGCGAAGACGGGGGACCCGAACACGAAGGGUCAGCCAUUCAUUCCUCCGUACGGAGACAAUGCGACAAUCCUGUCUCUGACUAAUGGGACCGCCGUGCGCGAUAUCGGGGACAACGAGAGGUGUAUAUGGUGGCAGAAGGCAUUGUAUAGGUAG